CUACUGGCAAUAAACUAUUUCGGAGUUCCUAUAAUGAAUAAUAGGUGCAAGCUUGUAUGAGUAAACAAAGGUGAUGUUCCCCUUUUCAAGUAUGUUCAAUAACUUACCUUUCUAUGGAAAUGAUGUACCCUUAGAGAUUGCACCCGUAAACAAUGAACCCAUAAACAAUGAACCUGUAAACAAUGAAAUUGCAAACGACGAAAUUGUAAACGAUCCACCCGCCGCAAAUGAAGCCAAUCCCCAACAAAAUGUAGUCAACAGAACCACCACUCGUCGAGCCCGAGGAGAGUAUCCUCAAGUCAAGCCACAAAGCUGUAAUAUAUGUGGACGAGUAUUAUCAUCCGCUUCCAGUUACUACGUGCACAUGAAGGUCCACUCGGAUAGCAAGCCCUUUCAGUGUACCUCUUGCGACGCUAGUUUCUGUCGUAAACCAUAUCUCGAGGCCCAUUUACGAACGCACACCGGCGAACGACCAUUCAAAUGUAAUUAUUGCCAUAAACGUUUUACGCAAAAAUCCAGUUUAAAUACUCACAAACGGAUACACACUGGCGAGACACCUUACUUCUGCGAUAUAUGCGAGAAAAGAUUUACUGUCAAGAGUUACGUUACGGCGCAUCGUUUCACUCACGUCAACGAGAAGCCGGUAUCUUGCAAUCAUUGCAGUUUACCUUUCACAUCGAGGCACCAGUUUGCCGCGCACUGUAAAACUCACAUAACAAGAGAAAUGUUUACUUGCACGUUUUGCGGGCGCUCGUUUGCGAGGCAGUCGUACCUAAUUAGACAUCACAAUCGACUUCAUAGGUAUGCCGAGGUGAAGAAUGAACCCGUUAAUAAUUGGGAGUGAAUGUAGUAAUUUUUUGUUUGCUAUAGUUUCUCUAAUAUAUAAUCGUGUGAUAAGUUUUUCGUUAAUAUACAUUUUUCUUUUA